CUGUUAGUUGACGUUAUUGGAAUUGCAAAAGAAAGCAUUAUAACAAGACAUCGCAUUAUUGCAGUCAGUUAUUCGAGAACUUUUGGUGCACGUUUCACAAGUUCACCGAACUUCCCGGUACCGUCAAAUGGAAGCGUUGCAUCGCGCAUAUCUGAGUUCGAAAAACGACCCGGUGCACCGAACUUACUGCAAAUUGCGUGUGCAUUGAGCGGCAUCUCACAAAGAACCGAUGUGACAGCAAUGCGCUCACCAAUUGGACCAAUGUCACCACGCUCAUCGGUCUAUCGUACGAAGCCAAUAAUUCACGCAGAUUUCGGUGGUAUAUCGCCUAAACCGCACACCGAAACCAGUGGAAGUCCAACAUCCGUAUUUGAAUUUCCACCAUCAAAACAACUUUUCGAUGUAAAGGUUCGUUAG